AUGGCGAACAUCACCGCCACACUGACGCUCAACGAGCACAACUUCAGCGACUGGAAGACCUAUUUCCGCGGAAGACUUAUGGCGAAGGGUAUGCACGACCAACUUACCGCAUCGUUCAGCAUGCAACCAAGCAUCCACCACCAGAAGGCACUGGGGAUCCUCAUCGAGACGAUCGAGCCCAGCCAAUACCGCCAUAGCGAGGGCAUGAAGCAUACCGAAUGCCGCAAGAAGGCCCACGAAAGCAGCCGCCACGGAGCCAAGAUGCGCGACACCAAGGAAGACCACACCAACGCAGCGAUCUACAUGUUCUCAAUGUUCGAGAACGGACAGGACCUAGACAUGGUCAACUCAGACGACAAAUCGAAGGAAGACGAAGGCGUCCAACCCACCGUCAUUGAUGCCGGCAACACUGAACCCAUCUACCUUGGGGAACCCGGCGAAACCCUUCCACUCCGCACCGACCCAGACUGGUCAGCUACGCGUCAACCAGUCAGACAACUCUCCAUCGGGGGACCUCGUACAAGCUGA